AUGGCGAUGUUCCCACAGUUUCCCCAGUUCAAGGUGCUCGUCUUCUUGGUGGAUGGGUUGACCAAGGACGCGAUUGCCAAUAUACAGAAGCAGCUCGCUGAUGCUAACCCCGAGUACGACUAUUGCUUUUGCAGCACCACGUACAUCGUCUCAUUGGAGCAGCUCCACCACAGCAUCCACAAUAGCUUGCAAAGUUACACGCUGGACCAGAUGCAAACGCGGACCUUAAAUGCGGAGAUUUUGCUCAACUUGUGCCCUGUUAAUGUGAUCUCAGAAGCACUAAAGCGGUUUGGAAUACUGGAGGCGUGUUCCAGUGCGGUGAUCAUUAAAAUACUAGGCAGGGAGGAGAACACCAUCGAAGUUGAGCGGUUCACCCAGUCUUUGGGCACAGUGGUGCCCAUAACAGACGACGCACUUUACCAAAGAGCGGACAUUGCAAAGUUUAAGAAAGUCUACAAAUUGAAUGACGCUGAAGACCCCCUGGACCUCACACGAUUGGCUAUAGGAGCAAGUAUUUUACGCGGGUGCUAG